AUGGCCCGCCUGCGGCCCUCCGGCCCGGCCCCGCUGCGGCCGCUGCUGCUGCUCCUGCUGGUGGCCGCGCGCAGCCUGCCCCGCGCCGGCGGGACGUGCCCGGAGCGCGCGCUGGAGCGGCGCGAGGAGGAGGCGAACGUGGUGCUCACGGGCACGGUGGAGGAGAUCCUCAACGUGGACCCGGUGCAGCACACGUACUCGUGCAAGGUUCGGGUCUGGCGGUACUUGAAGGGGAAAGAUGUGGUGGCCCAGGAGAGUCUGCUGGAUGGUGGCCACAAGGUGGUGAUCGGCGGCUUUGGAGACCCUCUCAUUUGUGACAACCAGGUGUCCACUGGGGACACCAGGAUCUUCUUUGUGAACCCUGCGCCCCCAUACCUGUGGCCGGCCCACAAGAACGAGCUCAUGCUCAACUCGAGCCUCAUGCGGAUCACUCUGCGGAAUCUGGAGGAGGUAGAGUUGUGCGUGGAAGACAAACCUGGGACCCACUUCACAGCAACACCUAUGAUACCUCCUGAUGCGUGCCGCGGGAUGCUGUGCGGCUUCGGCGCCGUGUGCGAGCCCAGCGCGGAGAAUCCCGGACGGGCGUCCUGCGUGUGCAAGAAGAGCUCGUGCCCCAACGUGGUGGCGCCCGUGUGCGGCUCAGACGCCUCCACCUACAGCAACGAGUGCGAGCUGCAGCGCGCGCAGUGCCGCCAGCAGAGGCGCAUCCGCCUGCUCCGCCGCGGGCCCUGCGGGUCCCCGGACCCCUGCUCCAACGUGACCUGCAGCUUUGGCAGUACCUGCGCGCGCUCCGCCGACGGGCAGACGGCCUCGUGCCUGUGUCCCACGACCUGCCGGGGCACCCCCGAGGGCACCGUGUGCGGCAGCGACGGCACAGACUACCCCGGCGAGUGCCAGCUCCUGCGCCGGGCCUGCGCCCGCCAGGAAAACAUCUUCAAGAAGCUGGACGGCCCCUGCGACCCCUGCCAGGGCACCCUCACUGACCUGAGCCGCAUCUGCCGCGUGAACCCACGCACGCGGCGCCCCGAAAUGCUCCUGAGGCCGGAGAGCUGCCCUUCCCGGAGGGCGCCUGUGUGUGGCGACGAUGGGGUCACCUACGAAAACGACUGCGUCAUGGGCCGAACAGGGGCUGCCCGUGGCCUCCUCCUCCAGAAAGUGCGCUCUGGCCAGUGCCAGCCUCGAGACCAGUGCCCAGACGCCUGCCUGUUCAAUGCUGUGUGCUUGUCCCGCCGUGGCCAUCCCCAUUGCUCCUGUGACCGUGUCACCUGUGACGGGGCCUACAGGCCUGUGUGCGCCCAGGACGGGCACACGUAUGACAAUGACUGUUGGCGCCAGCAGGCUGAGUGUCAGCAGCAACGAGCCAUCCCUGCCAAGCACCAGGGCCCGUGUGACCAGGCCCCGUCCCCCUGCCGUGGGGUGCAGUGCACAUUCGGGGCAACCUGUGCCGUGAAGAACGGGGAGGCUGUGUGUGAGUGCCCACAGGCAUGUUCUGGCACCUAUGACCCCGUGUGCGGCAGCGAUGGCGUCACCUACAGCAAUGCGUGCGAGCUGGAGGCCACGGCCUGUGCCCUCGGGCGGGAGAUCCGGGUAGCACGCAGAGGACCCUGUGACCACUGCGGGCAGUGCCGCUUUGGAGCUCUGUGUGAGGCUGAGACCGGGCGCUGUGUUUGCCCCUCUGAAUGUGUGGCCUCGGCCCAGCCCGUGUGUGGUUCUGAUGGGCACACAUAUGCCAGCGAGUGUGAGCUGCACGUCCACGCCUGCACACACCAGAUCAGCCUGCGCGUGGCCUCCGCCGGACACUGCCAGACUUGUGGAGACACGGUGUGUGCCUUUGGGGCUGUGUGUUCGGCAGGGCAGUGUGUGUGUCCCCGGUGUGAGCGCCCCCCACCCAGCCCCGUAUGCGGCACCGACGGUAUCACUUACCGCAGCACCUGCGAGCUACGGGAAGCUGCCUGUCGGCAGCAGGUGAACAUUGAGGAGGCCCGGAGAGGGCCGUGUGAGCAGGCCGAGUGUGGCUCGGGCGGCUCUGGCUCCGGAGACGACGGUGUGUGUGAGCAGGAGCUGUGCCGGCAGCACGGUGGCGUGUGGGACGAGGACUCGGAGGAUGGCCCAUGUGUCUGUGGCUUCAGCUGCCAGAGUGUCCCCAGGAGCCCGGUGUGCGGCUCUGAUGGGGUCACCUAUGGCACCGAAUGUGACCUGAAGAAGGCCCGGUGUGAGUCACAGCGAGAACUGUACAUCGCGGCUCAGGGAGCCUGCCAAGGUCCCACCUUGGCCCCACUGCUGCCUGUGGCUCCCCUGCACUGUGCCCAGACCCCCUACGGCUGCUGCCAAGACAAUGUCACUGCUGCCCAGGGUGUGGGCCGUGCUGGCUGCCCCAGUGCGUGCCAGUGCAACCCACAUGGCUCCUACAGCAGCACCUGCGACCCAGCUACAGGCCAGUGCUCCUGCCGCCCAGGUGUGGGGGGCCUCAAGUGUGACCGCUGCGAGCCUGGCUUCUGGAACUUCCGGGGCAUUGUCACUGAUGGCCGGAGUGGCUGUACCCCUUGCAGCUGUGACCCCUGGGGUGCCGUGCGGGACGACUGUGAGCAGAUGACAGGGCUGUGCUCCUGCAAGCCUGGGGUGGCUGGUCCCAAGUGCGGGCAAUGUCCAGAUGGUCGCGCCUUGGGCCCUGCUGGCUGUGAACCAGACUCCUCGGUGCCCGAGACUUGUUUGGAGAUGCGCUGUGAGUUUGGUGCAUUCUGCGUGGAGGAGGCUGGCUCUGCCCACUGUGUUUGCCCAGCGCUCACAUGUCCUGAGACUGAUGCUACCAAGGUCUGCGGGUCGGAUGGGGUCACCUAUGGCAACGAGUGCCAGCUGAAGACCAUUGCCUGCCGCCAGAGCCUGAACAUCUCUGUGCAGAGCCUCGGCCCCUGUCAGGAGGCUGUUGUUCCUGGUGCCCACCCAACACCCGCGUCCAUAACCACCCCAGGGCCCAUCCUGAGCGAGAUGCUGCCACUACCCCCCAGCACCCACCCCAUGGCUCCCAGCAGUAUCCCCUACAGCCGGCCCACUCCUCUACACUCAUCACGACCUUGGACCACCGCCAGCAUCCCCAGGACCACCACGCGGCCUGCACUGACUAUGUCCCCCACAGCACCCUCUGCUGUGACCAGUCUCGUCAUGUCUGCCUUCGGAGAAUCCGGCAGUGCAGAUGGCAGUGGCGAGGAAGAGCUGAGCGGGGACCAGGAGGCCAGCGGGGGGGGGUCUGGGGGACUCGAGCCCCCUGAGGACAGCAAUGUGGGGACCCCUGGGCCACCCAUCGAGAGGGCUUCCUGCUACAACUCACCUUUGGGCUGCUGUUCGGAUGGCAAGACACCCUCAGUGGACACAGAGGGCUCCAACUGUCCCGCCACCAAGGCGUUCCAGGGCGUGCUGGAACUUGAGGGGGUCGAGGGGCAGGAGCUAUUCUACACACCAGAGAUGGCUGACCCCAAGUCGGAGCUGUUUGGGGAGACCGCCAGGAGCAUCGAGAGUGCGCUGGACGACCUCUUCCGGAACUCAGAUGUCAAGAAGGACUUCUGGAGUGUCCGCCUGCGGGACCUGGGGCCCGGCAGAUCGGUCCGUGCCAUUGUGGACGUGCACUUUGACCCCACCACAGCCUUCAGGGCCCCCGACGUGAGCCGGGCCCUGCUCCGGCAGAUCCAGGUGUCCAGGCGCCGGUCCCUGGGGGUGACACGGCCACUGCAGGACCACGUGCGUUUCAUGGACUUUGACUGGUUUCCUGCGUUCACGGUAGCCACAACUGGAGCCACUGCUGCUGUGACCACAGCCAGAGCUACCACUGUGGCCCGCCUGCCUUCCUCUGCGGUGACCCAUCGGGCCCCGUACCCUAUUCAUACAAGCCGGCCCACUGGCAGGACCACAGCACCCCCCAGCACACGCUGGCCCCCCACCACUGCCCCCAGCCGGGCGGCUGGACGCCGACCUCUGACCCCAGGGCCCCAGCAGCCCCCAAGGCCCUGUGACUCCCAACCCUGCCUCCAUGGGGGGACCUGCCAAGACCAGGACUCAGGCAGAGCCUUCACCUGCAGCUGCCGGACGGGCAGGGGAGGCGCCUUCUGUGAGAAGGCGCUGCGCCCCUCCUUGCCGGCCUUCGGAGGUCGCUCCUUCCUGGCCUUCCCCACCCUCCGCGCCUACCACACGCUGCGUCUAGCGCUGGAGUUCCGGGCGCUGGAGCCUCAGGGGCUGCUGCUCUACAACGGCAACGCCCGCGGAAAGGACUUCCUGGCACUGGCGCUGCUGGGCGGCCGCGUGCAGCUCAGGUUCGACACAGGUUCGGGGCCUGCGGUGCUGACGAGCUCGGUGCCCGUAGAGCCGGGUCGGUGGCACCGACUAGAGCUGUCGCGGCACUGGCGCCGGGGCACACUCUCAGUGGAUGGUGAGACCCCUGUCGUGGGUGAGAGUCCCAGUGGCACUGACGGUCUCAACCUCGACACUGACCUCUUCGUGGGUGGUGUCCCAGAGGACCACGCUGCCAUGGUGCUUGAACGGACCUCUGUCAGCGUCGGCCUGAGAGGCUGCAUCCGUUUGCUAGACGUCAACAACCAGCGGUUGGAGCUCAGCAGCUGGCAGGGGGCUGCGGUCCAAAGCUUCAGUGUGGGCGAGUGUGGGGACCACCCCUGCCUGCCCAACCCCUGCCGUGGUGGGGCCCCAUGCCAGGCCCUGGAGGCCGGUGUGUUCCACUGUCAGUGCCCACCCGGCCGCUUUGGCCCGACCUGCGCCAAUGAAAAGAGCCCCUGCCAGCCGAACCCCUGCCACGGGGCAGCCCCCUGCCAUGUGCUACCCGAGGGUGGGGCCAAGUGCGAGUGCCCCCUGGGACGCAGGGGCAGCCUCUGCCAGAUAGUGUCAGAGCAAGACGACCCUCGGCCCUUCCUGGCUGACUUCAGCGGCUUCUCCUACCUAGAGCUGAAAGGCUUGCACAAUUUUGAGCGGGACCUGGGGGAGAAGAUGGCGGUGGAGGUGGUGUUCCUGGCCCGUGGCCCCAGUGGCCUGCUCCUCUACAACGGGCAGAAGACGGACGGCAAGGGCGACUUCGUAUCACUGGUGUUGCAUGACCGCCGCCUGGAGUUCCGCUAUGACCUGGGCAAGGGGGCAGCUGUCAUCAGGAGCAAAGAGCCCAUCACCCUGGGCACCUGGACCAGGGUCUCACUGGAGCGAAAUGGCCGCAAGGGCGCCAUGCGUGUUGGUGAUGGGCCCCGUGUGCUAGGGGAGUCCCCGAAAUCCCGCAAGGUGCCACACACCAUCCUCAAUCUGAAGGAGCCACUCUACGUUGGGGGCGCCCCUGACUUCAGCAAGCUAGCUCGGGCGGCUGCAGUGUCCUCGGGCUUUGAUGGUGCCAUCCAGCUGGUCUCCCUGAGAGGCCGCCAGCUGCUGACCCAGGAGAACGUGCUUCAGGCGGUGGACGUCUCCUCCUUCCCAGACCACCCUUGUACUCAAGCCUCAGGCCACCUCUGCCUCAAUGGGGCCUCGUGUCUCCCAAGGGAGGCCACCUAUGAGUGCCUGUGUCCUGCAGGCUUCUCAGGGCUGCACUGCGAGAAGGGGCUAAUUGAGAAGUCAGCAGGGGGCCUGGACACGCUGGCCUUUGAUGGGCAGACCUACAUCGAGUACCUCAAUGCUGUGACCGAGAGCGAGAAGGCACUGCAGGGCAACCACUUUGAACUGAGCUUGCGCACCGAGGCCACGCAGGGGCUGGUGCUGUGGAGCGGCAAGGCCACGGAGCGGGCAGACUAUGUGGCACUGGCCAUCGUGGACGGGCGCCUGCAGCUGAGCUACGACCUGGGCUCCCAGCCCGUGGUGCUGCGCUCCACUGUGCCUGUCAGCACCAACCAGUGGCUGCGGGUCAGGGCACACAGGGAGCAGAGGGAAGGUUCGCUCCAGGUGGGCAAUGAGGCUCCUGUGACUGGCUCCUCCCCGUUGGGUGCCACACAGCUGGACACAGACGGAACCCUGUGGCUCGGGGGCCUGCAGAAGCUGCCUGUGGGCCAGACCCUGCCCAAGGCCUACAGCACAGGCUUUGUAGGAUGCCUGCGGGACGUGGUGGUGGGCCAGCGCCCGCUGCAGCUGCUGGAGGACGCUGUCACCAAGCCAGAGCUGCGGCCCUGUCCCUCUGCUUGAGCCAAUGCCAGAGCCCACCACCCACCCUGCUGUAAUUAUUUUCUAUUUUUGUAAACUUGUGGCUUUUUGAUAUGAUUUUCUUGCCUGCGUGUUGGCCGGAAGGACUGCGGGCCCGGCCUCCCUUCCGUCCAGGCAGCCGUGCUGCAGAGACAAACCCAGUGCCAAGGGUCUUGUGGGGUGAUGUGGCUGCGUGGAGGGCUUGAGCCAGACAGCAGCCUCGGGACACGCCCUCUGCCUCGGGGCACCGAGUCACAGCCCCAUGCACUGUGCAUCCCUGUGUCCAUCUGUGUUGGUCCUUUGUGUACCUUGGUCCGUUUGCAGGCCCACUCCCGCAUCUCCCACAUCUUCCACAUUCCAUGUGACGAGCCCUGCUUCCCAAAGCAGGAAGGGACUGCUGGGGUAUAAUAGAGCCCAUCCUCCUCGCAAGCCCCGCUGGGCCUUUCUAGGUUCCCACCUACGCUGCUGUCCCCACUGCGUGUGUGGUGGGCCAUGCUGCCUCGCCUCCGGGCUAGCCUGGACCCCAGGGCCUGCCCUGCCUGGGCCUCUUGUGCUAAUACUGUGACUUAGGAACAAUGUUACUGUUGGGGCCACACUCCAUCCCUCCCUCGAGCUGUAUCCGCCCGUCCCAGGGUGCUGUGGAGCAGAGGCCAGGCCCAGGUCCAUCCAAGUGCCCUGACCCUUGGCUGGCCCUGUAUGCACUGUUCCCCUCCCCUCAACACCAGGCCCUGAGAGGGAGUGGCCACUGUGUGUGCUGUUGCUGACCUCUGUCGCUUUCCUGCCCAAGUGUCUGGCCUGGCCACAGCCACGAUUUCCAUGCACUGAUUUUAUUUGACACUUAUAGCAGCAGGGCUGUUGUCUCUCCUGUCCUGACCCGAGAGCAGCUGCAGGCUGCCUCGCAGCGAACCCUCACUGAAGUUCAGUGUGAGGGGCGGCCGUUCUUGUCUGAGCAUGACCAGGGCCUGGCCCGUGUCUGACCAUGGCCAAGGGGUGGAUGUAGGGGCAGCAGAGAUGGCUGUGAAGCCAGAAAUGCCUUAAACUGCGACGUCCCAUUCCGUCCUCUCCCACUCUCCCCCCACUCAACCCCCAGCCCAGUCCUCUUGGGAUCAAGAUGACCAGAUACAGCUGGUGUGGGGCUGCCCUGACCCUCCCUCUGCCAGGGCUGGUGCUGGGGCUGGAGAGAACCACAUGGCAUUACUAACUCCAGU